AUGGCUGCAGCGGACGACCAGGUAACGUACGCCGUACCGAGUCUUUUAGAGUUGGCCUACUACGCGUGUGAAAGUGACCAGCGUACAUUUUACGACGAGCUGCCCGUCCCGUCCGUCGACUUACGGGUGUGUUGCGAUUCGAUAUUGAAAAUAAUAAAGUUCAACUCGUCCGCCGAUCGUUUUCAACCAAGUGGCCACCUUCGGUCCAUGUUCGCCAAAGUGCAUCCCUACUACCUCUUGAUCAACAACAUAUUGGAGAUGGCUGCUUUCUCCGGACACAUAAAUUGCAUGAAGUUGGGCCGCGCCAUCGGCGUGCCGUGGUUCACGUCAGACAAAUUGCUGAAAUCGGCGUGCGACGAGGCCGCGUCCACGGGCAACAUGGAGUGCCUUGUGUACGCGCACACCAACGGCAGCCCGUGGAGCUCGGUAACUUGCGAAUUCGCAGCGGAAUCCGACCACCUAGAAUGUCUCAAGUACCUGCAUGAAAAUGGUUGUCCGUGGGACGAAUGGACGUGUACCAACGCCGCGGGAAGCGGCCACAUAGAGUGUCUGGUCUAUGCGCGACGGAACGGCUGUCCGUGGGAUGUGACCUCGUGCUGCAUGGCCGCAAUGGGCGGACACCUGCAGUGCCUCGUGUAUUGCCGGGAGAACGGCUGUCCAUGGGACACUUUCACGUGCGAAAUGGCCGCGAGCUCGGGCAGGCUGGAAUGCUUGAAAUAUGCGAGAACAAACGGAUGCCCGUGGAACGAAAAAACUUGUAUCGUGGCCGCGUCCAAAGGGAAUGUGGAAUGCCUUCGGUAUGCAAUCGAGAACGGCUGCGAAUGGGAUGUAAAAGGAUACUUGUUGGGUGUCGACGAAGAUGACGAUCCGUCUGUCGUGAUGUACGCGCUCCAAUUAAUGUACGGACCGGCCACGGAUUCUAGCUCGACCGAUGACGAGUAG